GAUUGUUCUCAACAUGGCGGGUCGCCUGCUUGUGUACACCUUAGUACUCCAUGGACUGUUCUUAGUGAACGGUUCGGCCCAUCCCGGGUACACCCAGCGAGGCGACACCUCCUACAAGGUGUUCACGGAAGUCAUGUCCUACCACCAGGCGGAAAUGACGUGUGAAGCGGACGGCGGCCAUCUUGCUGACAUCAAAACACAAUCUCUUCACAACUUCAUCCUUGACAUGGUUAGGCAGGCCAAUCGGUAUCGAGACUACUGGAUCGGAUUGAAUGACAAGAGGACGCCUAACGUCUGGACGUGGUCUGACGGAACUCCGUUGAGUGGUUGUGGGUUCAGCAUGUGGGCUCCAGGAGAACCGAACAACGGAGGCGGGCAGGGACAGGACUGUGGGCAGCUGUGGGCUGCUGUAGGACUCAGCUGGGACGACGACUUCUGUUACAUGAACUUUCAUGCAGGUGGAUGCCACGUUGCUAAUGGCGGCUGUGACCAGAUCUGCACCAGUGAUGGUCCAAACGUCACGUGCGACUGCCGUAUCGGUUACGUCUUGAAGGAUGAUGGUUACACCUGUACAGCAUGGACAGAUGAUCUCAUUGCUCCAAGAAACAAAGUGUACACCAGGCACUGCAUGUUCGGUGACGGCGCCACCUAUCGGGGAACGGUUAGCAUGACAAGCGGCGGUCUGACCUGCCAGCGGUGGGACAGUCAGUCUCCCCACCCACACGACCAGACCGUCAGGCAUCCUCUCGCGGGACUUGACGAGAACUACUGUAGGAACCCGGAUGGAGAACCCAGGACUUGGUGUUACACUGCCGAUCCUGAUACUCGCUGGCAGUACUGUACCGUCCCGCAAUGUUUUAGUGACUGUUACAUUGACGACGGCGCAUCCUACCGUGGAACGGUGAACAUCACGUCCUCUGGCCGGGCCUGUCAGCGCUGGGACAGCCAGACGCCCCACCCUCACACACGGACUCCUACAACCUACCCGUCCGCCGGACUGGACCAGAACUUCUGUAGGAACCCUGACGGGGAGGCGGAACCUUGGUGCUAUACCCAGGACCCGUACGUCAGAUGGGAGGCGUGUGUCAUCAGUAACUGUGACGGAAAGAGAAUCACAACAACACCUGCAUCUUCGGAGAGAAUCAGAGUAUUUCCCGAGAACUGUUAUUUCGGUGACGGGGCUACAUACCGAGGCAAGGUGUCGGUAAGCAAGGACGGCAUCCCGUGUCAGCGGUGGGACAGUCAGACACCUCAUCAACACGACAUCCCUUCUAGGUUUCCCAACACGGAGUUGAACGAGAACUACUGCCGGAACCCAGACGGGUGGGACCGUCCUUGGUGCUACACAACCGACCCCAACAUCAGGUGGCAGGUCUGCGACAUCCCGGGCUGCUUCCUCGGUGACUGCUAUGACGAUAACGGAGUAUCGUACAGAGGUAAGGUGAACGUGACGUCAUCAGGACGAGCGUGUCAGCGGUGGGACUCCCAAACUCCGCACCAGCAUUUCAACACCGACAGCUUCCCUCAGGCCGGGCUGCAGGACAACUACUGCAGGAACCCAAAUGGUGACAUACAGCCGUGGUGCUACACAGUGGACCCGCUGACCAGGAUGGAGUUCUGUGCGGUACCAAUUUGUGGUAACGAUACAAGCGGAGAGGAUCAAAAAGCAGGAAACGACACAGGAGCACACCUGGCUCAAAAAACAGGCGAGACUUCCAACACCGGAGGUAUCGUGGCUGGGGCGGUCGUCGCCAUCUUGGUUCUUGUGGCGGCUGUUCUGGGCGUGGCCUACUACUUCCUGUUCUGGCGGAAACGGAUGGAUGAUGAGAAAGGUCUUGUGGGUAAUGAGGGACCUGUUGCAACGGAACCUGUCGGAUUCAGAGACAUCCAAGCUCGAAAUGAUAAGGCUGAUGUAGAAGGAACGUUCAGUAAUGAUCUGACAAUCAGUGGACAAAGUGAUGCAUGAUCGCAGUGUCCAUUUGAUGCCUUGUCUCUGACGUUCAAAUGGAUCACCUAUUAACUAAUUGUUCAGAAUCUAAAGAAAACACAAAUGAUGU